CGGGGGAAUGAAAUGCAGGGAACGCUCAACGGAAGUUAACGGACGGUAGCUAGCGUUUAUGAGAGGCGAGCUAAGACACAAAAUUAAACUAUUGAGAAUUUGACAGUUUCCAGUGAUUUAAUUCCCCCUUCCCUACUUUAUGGCUUCCAGUUCCAACAUGGACAUAGAGGGCGCGACCCAGCACCUUCGGGACAUCUUAAAACUGGAUCGUCCCGGUAAUUCGGCCGAGCCCUCUUUGGUAGAGAGCCAGAGAAAACCAUCUUUCAAUGGAGAGCUGAAUGGUGUUCUUGGAGCGGAUCUUUUGGGAGCAGGAGGACUUGCCGCAGUGGUGGAGACAACUACUCACAACUCAGACAAACUUAAUGGACAGGACAUGCAGACUAUCUGUCUUUCAGGAGACGAUGGCUCCACCUGUGUCCCCAUCAGAGCAAACAAUGUGGAAAUUGUGUCCAGUCGUGACUCUAGUAUUGACAGUAAAGCUCGUGGCAGCAACAAGGUUAAAAUUCAGCCAGUGGCCAAAUAUGACUGGGAACACAAAUACUACUACGGCAAUUUAAUAGCCGUGUCCAACUCAUACUUGGCUUAUGCCAUCAGAGGUGCAAACAAUCAUUCUAUGAUCCGAGUGCUGCGGCUGGGAUCAACCGAGCGUUCACUGCUGAAGGGCUUCACAGGAGCAGUCACAGACCUUGCUUUCGCCCACUUGGACUCCACCCUGUUGGGCUGCGUGGACGAGGCUGGAAACAUGUUUAUUUGGCAACUCACUAGCCACAGCAGCAAAAUACAAGAUGAAGUGUUAGUUCACAUCCGAAGGCCUGAGGACACUCCGCUAAAUUCCAACCGCAGACUCAUCUGGUGUCCCUUCAUCCUGGAGGACAAUGAUGAGAACCCAGAGGAUGCGUGUCAGACAUUGGCACUCCUUCAUGAAGACCGAGCUGAGGUUUGGGACCUUGACAUCCUCCGAUCCAAUAACAGCUCAUGGCCUGUGGAUGCCACUGACCUGAAGGAGGGUUUCAUCACCAUUAGAGGACACACAGCACGCAUUAGUGAGGGAGCGCUGUCCCCUGAUGGCACGGUCUUGGCCACAGCCAGUCAUGAUGGAUAUGUAAAGUUUUGGCAAAUCUACAUUGAAGGACAGGACCAGCCCAGAUGCCUGCAUGAAUGGCAGCCGCAUAAUGGACGGCCUCUUUCCUGUCUUCUCUUUUGUGAUGACCACAAGAAGCAAGACCCAGAGUAAGUUCCUUUCUGGCGCUUCCUGAUCACUGGAGCUGAUCAGAACCAGGAACUGAAGAUGUGGUGCACAGUGUCAUGGACGUGUCUACAAACCAUCAGGUUUUCUCCAGAUCCAUUCAACAGCAGUGUGCUACCCAGCCUGAAGGCCAGUUUGGACCUGUCUGCAGAAUUUCUCAUUCUCAGUGAUGUUCAGAGGAAGGUGUUGUACGUCAUGGAGCUGCUACAGGAUCAGGAACAAGGCCGUGCCAGCUUCACUGCAGUUUCAGAGUUUCUGCUUACACACCCUGUGCUCAGCUUCGGAAUACAGGAUGUCGCCCGCGCCCGACUGCGCCACACUGAGGUCCUUCCCCCUGAUGAGGAAAGCGAAAGCAUGACGACAGAAGGAAACCAGGGACCCUCUGAGUCCAAAUCAGGAAUCCAGAUUAAACUCUACUGUGUGCAUACAAAAUCACUACAGGAUGUGCAGAUCUGGUUCCAGCCCAAUCAGGGGGCGUCAUCUUCCCUCUUCAUGCCUCAGUCUGGGUCACAAGAUGGCUUUGGUUUUUCUGACCCACUGGCUGAUCUUAACGUGGAGGCAAUGAGCUCUGAUAAGGAGUCUGGUGAUAGUGGAUCGCAGAAUGACCUGAGUAAGAUUCUGGCUCUUCCAACUCCAGCUGACUUCAUGAGUCCUGCCCCAUCAGCCUUGCCCAAACUCAUGACCCCAGAUGCCUUCAUGACGCCCAGCACCUCCAUGCCUGCUUCUCCUGGCAGCAGUGCAAGCAGCCUGACCAUAGUCACGGCCAUGAGCAGCUCAGAUAGUGCUGCAAGAGGCGGAGAUGAUCUGGCCCAGAGCCCUAAAAUGUCUGUUGAAUGUGGCAACAGCAGCUUGACUCUGAGUGCCAGCGCAGGCAGUCCAAGAUCCAACUCUAUCCUCAUCUCAGGCCUUGGGGAAAAUAUCCAGGUUUCCCCUCCAAACCCUCCUCUCUCCCUGGAUCUCCAGGCCAUAGACCCCAUGGUUGUCCCCCAGGCCUCUCCGACCAGAGCUCGCUCUCCAGAUGUCAUCUCCUCUGCUUCUACGGCAAUGUCCCAGGACAUCCCUGAGAUCGCCUCAGAGACCCUGCAGAGGGGGCUGUCUGGUCCCGCUACUGACUCGGUCCCUGUCCUGCAUUCUGACAGCAUGGCAUCAGCCGCAUCAGUCCUCCACCUGUUGUCUCCUAGAGCCCGGAGCAGUGCUGAGCACAGUUUGCUGCCUCUCGAAUUGGGCGCAGCAUCUGUGGAUGGAGAACAGAGACUCAAUAACACACCCUCCCUGCUGGAGACGGCUCUGUCACAGGAGAACGCGGUUGCAGCUGGAGGAUCCUGUUCUGACAGCAGCGUGAACCACACCUGGCCCGCAGCACCUGAUAUCACGCGAGAAACUCGCAACAGCCUCAGAGACAAUGGUUUGGGAGACUGCUCUAGGGAGGAAAUAAAGGACAGACACAUUUCGUCUCCCUACCACAGGCGCACUUAUCACCUGACUCAGAAUGACAGUCAAGAUGCAAGUGCAGAGCAGAGUGAUCAUGAUGAUGAGGUUGCCAGUCUGGCCUCUUCCUCAGGAAACUGUGGCCCUCGCUCCUCUCACAGACUUCCCGUAAAGGACUGGAAAACAUCUCCCCGCAGCUCCCCUAAGCUCAAGAGGAAGAGCAAGAAGGAUGAAGGAGAGUCCUCACAGUCUAGACAGAUUGAGAACCAGAUGAGCACAGAGGUGCAGGAUGAGCUUCUACAGAUGUUACGGAGCCAGCAAAGGGAGAUCGCUGAGCUGAGACAGAACCAGAUGGACCUUCUGCAGAGAGUCACCAGUCACAUGGACGCUGUACAGAGCUCCAUCAUGGCUCACAUUGAGCACGCCAUGUUGGCUCAGCAGGAGCAAGAACAGAGAAGAAUGGAGCGAAUUCUGGCUGAAGGACAAAGCCGGAACCAACAGCUCCAGGACCAGCUAGUUCAGCAGCUUGUCCAGACACUGAACAACAGUCUCUGCAAUCGGCUAGACAAAGUUUUGCGUGAAGAAAUUAAGAAGACCGUCCCACAGACCAUUUCGAAGAGUCUAGAACCUGUGACCAGCCAGAUGAGCAGCACCAUUGCUGCCAAGUUAACCGCAGUGGAAGGAACACUGAAGGAAAAUGUCACCAAAGUUGUUAAAUCCAAGAACACUACGGAUGCUAUCGGCCGUGCUGCUGCUGAGGCCAUGCAGGGCCCCAUCCAGUCAGCCUACAAAGAGACCUUCCAGAGCAUCGUGCUGCCCGUGUUUGAGAGAGGCUGCCAGUCCAUGUUUCAGCAAAUCAAUGACAGCUUCAAACAGGGAACCCACGAGUACAUCCAACAGCUGGAGACACACAUUAAGAACAGGAAACAGCAGGACCAGGAUGCACGGGAUCCCGUGAUUGGCCAGCUGCAACAGAUGAUUGACACGCUCCAGAGUUCUCAAGACCAGCUGGCCACCACCGUGACGGCCAGCGUGUGCUCUGACGUACAGCGUCAGCUCCACAUGAUCGUGGGAAAUCUGCAGGACUCAAUCCUGACGCAGGUACAGCGCAUAGUGAAGGGAGAGGUGAGUCUGGCCAUGAAGGAGCAGCAGGCAGCUGUCACCUCCAGCAUCAUGCAGGCCAUGCGCUCGGCCGCAGGAACACCUGUACCCUCCGCACAUCUGGACUACCAGGCCCAGCAGGCCAGCAUACUGCAGUUACUACAGCAGGGCCAGCUCAAUGAGGCCUUCCAACAGGCUUUAUCCGCAGCAGACUUGAAUCUGGUGCUGUACGUGUGUGAGACUAUUGACUCCCAGCAAGUGUUUGGCCAGCAGCCCUGUCCACUGCAUCAGGCCGUCCUUCUGUCUCUCAUCCAGCAGCUCUCCACCAACCUGAGCACACGCACAGAACUCAAGAUCAGCUAUCUUGAAGAUGCUGUAAUGAACCUGGAUCAUGGAGAUCCAGUCACCAGAGACCACAUGUCUGCAGUGCUGUCCCAGGUACGACAGAAGCUCUUACACUUCCUGCAGCAGGACGCCCAAAGCCCUCUGAGCAAGCGCGCACGGCGCCUCAUGAUGAUGCUGCAGGGCCUGGUCAGUCACUAGAGCCCCUCCGGAUGGUGCAGCUGACAUCUUCACAACCCCUCAGUCAUCGUUCUGCAGUCUCGUAGAUGACCAUCAUGACCUCAUACCACCCUGUUGUUCACUUGCUUUAUCUGUGCUCUGCAGCUUAUUGGCUCUCUCAGAAGCACUUUUGGGAGUUAUAGUCAAGGUUUGGACUUAGGCUAUAUUAGCGAUUUUGGACUACAUCUCCCCCAUCUUUCCCUCCCUCGUUCCUUUCAAACUAUUGUUGAUAUCAUUUUUCUGCAUGUGAAAAAUCCUUAGUAUGAAUGCAGAACGGGACAUAGGCUACUUCAGUUAUUUUCAUUAUGCAUUCAAUACCAGGAGACCACAACCUUUUUUUUUUGUGCUUUCAUUCUUGACACAUCAGGAACAAGACUGUGGAGAGUGUGAGAGAAUGAAAAUUAUAACAUGAACACUCCAAAUUUCUUCUGAAUGGAUGGUUUCCUGGCUGCUCUGCUUUUUUCUCUAUUUCUUGUGGUGAAAUGCCUUUAAACGCUGCAGACAUUGAGACAUUAUCAUCACCUCGUGAAUAUUAGCCCUGUUGGUAAUUGAUAAAGGUUGUAUUUAGCCCACUUACCCUUAUCUGACUCAACUGUUCUGCUAAAAAUAAUUUGGUCAAGUUGCUGUUUUUCAUGUCAGGUGGAGCAUCAUACGUGUUCCUGGAGUUUUUGUUGAUGCUGUCAGUAUUUGAAAAGUUCAAACAGUUUAACUUCUGGAUAAUUGCAAAAAAUUGACCCACAGAGUUGAUACCAUGUUUUUUCAAACCCUGUAAAAUAUGUAAGAGGGCUUAUUACAUUACCAAGGAAUGCUAACAACAUAGUUAUUUAGAAUUUCUUGGAAAGGAACCUUGAGUCUGUAACUUGCAGUACUUCUGUAAGUCUCUAGAGGGCAGGCAUUUAUGUAUAUUCUUUCUAAUUUUACAUGCUGCUUCUGUGAUUUUUUUUUUUUUUCCCCCCCAGAAUUACACUACAGCGAAGGCAACAAGGCUCUUCUUUAAAAAAAAAAAAUCAGUUUUUUUUUUUUUUUUUUUUUAAGUGAAAUUGUUUCUUUCUGUAUCGCAUUACCCAAAUAUUUAAAAGUGUUGGAGAAAGUGGAGGAGAAAUGCCUGUAUUCUGCGCUGUUCUGGUUAGUUGAUUGUAUUUUAUUUAGAUUGAGAUUGCCAACACUUGUUAUUCGUUAAGAGGGACUAUUUGGUCAUGCCCUUUGAUAAAGGAAGAACAGAAAGAAAGUGCCUUAUCAGACUGUUGCGCAUCAAAUAUUGGUAAUCGGGUCUUCUUACCCAACUUGGGCGCCGCAUUAGUGUAUGUGUGGCCUAUAUCCAAGCAAAUUUUCUUUUUCAGUAAAACACGGAAUUGAAGUUAGGAAUGGACAGGUUUGUUACUGAAACAUUUUCUUACAAGUGCUGUAAACUGUGAUCUGAGUUUAUUUUUUCAGCCAUUUAUUCCUCACAAGUUUCAUGCUAAUGCGACGAGGAAGUGCCGGCCCUGCUGAUUGUGUUUGUGUUAACACAUUAUUUGUUCCCCUGUCGUCUUUAUUUUUAGAGCUCUGCAUAUUAUAUCCAUAGCCAUUUGCAGCAGUCAGUGUGGCUUAUUAGGACAUUUUUACAGGGUGAAGGCAAUGUGUCCUCUUUUGCUUUUUUCUCAUAUGUAUAAAAAAAUCAAGCUCUUUAACAGACAUGAGCCUGCUGCGUAAUUCAAGGUAAGUCUGAGGCACUAAUAAGGAUAUAUUAAACUCAGCAUGCUUGCAUGCUAAUGGUGAGAGCCAUGUAUUCAAACAUAGUUAACCUUCUUACAAAUUCAAAACCCCACUUUUUGUUCAAGAUUUGUACACCUGGAUUGAUCCUGUUUCAUCUUCAUUUCUUUCUUCUAUAGUAUAGUGUCCAGCAAAGGUGACCUGUGAUUGAAUAGAUUGUCUUUUGUUAUGUCAGGUUGAAAACGUCCUCUUGUCAGUUUUAAGAUUUUGUUGCAGUGCAAGGUUAAUUGGUUUUCGAUGCUGUUUUAGACAUGUCUGAUGAUGUUGGGCUUACUAUACUAAUACACAAUGCCUUCAGUUUUUGAGGCUUACAGACCUUUUUUCCCGUCAAGAGAUUUGCAUUGCAGGUUGUGAAUGACAAUUUAAUUGUCUGUAAUUUUUUCCAUUGUGUUUUGAUUUUUGUUCCUUGUGAAUGCAAUUCUGUUGUAUAUUUUACACUCAUUUAUUUCAUCCUAGACGUUUUGGAAUAAAAAAAGGAAAACAUUGUUCAGUGUUGA